AUGACAACCAUUUGCGACCUCCCCGAAGACGUCCUGGUGGAGCUGCUGUCGCUGCUCCCAGCCCAGGAUCUGAUCUGUGCCUGCAGGCUGGUCUGCCGGCAGUGGCGGUACGUGGUGGAUCUGACCACCCUAUGGAAACGCAAGUGCCAGCGUGAGGGGUUUUAUAUUCAGAGUUUGGACAGAAACGUCUCCGACUGGAAGAUCUUCUAUAUGCUCUGCAGCUUGAAGAGAAACUUAAUCAAAAACCCCUGUGCUGAAGAGAACUUUCAGCACUGGAAGCUUGAUAAUAAUGAUGGAGAUAAAUGGAAGAUUGAGAAUCUGCCAGGACCCCAUGGAAAAGACAUGCCAGACUCCAAAGUACACAAAUACUUUGUCACUUCAUAUGGGCCAUGCUUCAAGUCUCAACUCAUUACCCUGCAGAAAGAAGGAUACUGGAAUCAGUUGAUGGAUGAGAAACGGCCUGAAAUUGUAGUCAAGGACUGGUACGCUGCCAGAUUUGACUGUGGAUGUCGCUAUGAACUUACAGUGAGGCUGCUUUCUGAAGACUACAUCGUCCUUGAGGAGUUCCACCCCGAGCCAGUGGUUAUCGAGCAGUGGAACGAUGCAGUGUGGAGAGAGAUUUCUCACACCUUCCAGAAUUACCCAGCUGGAGUUCGUUACAUCUGGUUUCAGCAUGGAGGCCAAGACACCCAGUUCUGGGCAGGAUGGUAUGGGAUCCGAGUGACAAACAGCAGCAUCACCAUUGGGCCCCUGACAUUGUUCUGAAGGCACAAUAUAAAUGUUUGCUUUUAUCUCAGGACUGUAACCAGGUGGUCUCAGGUGCACUUAUUUGUCUGUACUCUCUGGGUGAGUGUCCUGGCUUUGUCUUGCACAGUUGAUCUCAAAUACCAGCAGCCUCGUUCUCCUUGUUCACAGCAGAACUUCUGCAGGCCCAGCCCUUUGGAAGGACUUUUGCCUUCAUCUU